CGCGAGGUUUCUCUUCAAUUGCAGAAUCUCGGCACCCUGACCUGCAUUGCUCAACCAGGCUCGCGCGGCGGGGGAGUAAGGAUUGAGUUUAUUGGACCAGAAGGGUUCAAGAAUGGCGGCGGCGGCGGAAUUAGGGCAGAAGACGGUGGAAUUCUCGGCGCUGGUUAGCCGCGCGGCGGACGAGUCCUACCUCUCGCUCAAGGAGCUGGUGGAGAAGUCCAGGUCCUCCGUCCUCACAGAUUCGGACAAGAAGAUUGGGAUUCUCCAGUACCUUGUCAAGACCCAGCAGCGCAUGCUCCGUCUCAAUGUCCUCGCCAAAUGGUGCCAGCAGGUUCCCUUGAUACAGUACUGUCAACAACUCGCAUCAACAUUAUCGAGUCAUGACACAUGUUUCACUCAAGCUGCAGAUUCAUUGUUUUUUAUGCAUGAAGGGCUACAACAAGCUCGUGCUCCCAUCUAUGAUGUUCCUUCAGCCACAGAAAUUCUUCUUACUGGAUCGUACUUACGGUUGCCAAAAUGUAUAGAUGACAUGAGCAUGCAGAGCACACUAAAUGAAGAUCAGCAAAAACCAGCUCUAAAGAAGCUGGAUGUACUUGUUAGGUCUAAACUCCUUGACGUUUCUCUUCCAAAGGAAAUUACCGAAGUUAAGGUGUCCGAUGGUACUGUUUUGCUUCGUGUGGAUGGCGAAUUUAAGGUUCUAGUUACUCUUGGUUACAGAGGUCACUUAUCAAUGUGGAGGAUAUUGCAUCUGGAUCUUCUUGUUGGCGAGAGAAGUAGGAUGAUAAAGCUCGAAGAAUCACGACGACAUGCACUUGGAGAUGAUUUGGAACGGAGAAUGGCCAAUGCAGAGCAUCCAUUCAUGACUUUGUAUUCUAUCAUGCAUGAGCUUUGCAUUGCACUUGUUAUGGAUACUGUUAUAAGGCAAGUUCAAACACUUAGGCAAGGAAGAUGGAAAGAUGCUAUUCGAUUUGAGCUCAUAUCUGAUGGUACUGUUGGGCAAGGAGGGACUGCUAGCUCUAUGCAAAUGAAUCAAGAUGGAGAAACUGAUUUCACUGGUUUACGUACUCCUGGCUUAAAAAUCCUGUAUUGGCUGGAGUUUGAGAAAAGUUCCAGUGACCUGGGAUCUUGCCCAUAUAUAAAAAUUGAACCAGGUCCAGACCUUCAAAUAAAGUGUCUCCAUACCACAUUUGUCAUUGAUCCGGUGACGGGAAAGGAAGCACAAUUUUUCCUUGACCAGAACUGCAUUGACGUCGAGAAGUUGCUACUCAGAGCAAUCCGUUGCAAUAGAUAUACUCGCUUGCUUGAAAUUUAUAAAGAACUGGUGAAAAAUACUCAGGUCUGUCGAGCUCCAGGAGAUGUUCAACUUAAGUGUCAGAGUGAAAUUGAUGCUGAAUACAAAAUGAGGGAUGACAAGAUUGGACUUGGGAAAUAUGAAGGUCAAGAAGUCUUGCUUGUACGUGCCUAUGGAUCCUCGUUUUUCUCUCUCGGAAUAAAUAUAAGGAUAGGACGCUUCAUUCUUCAGUCAUCAGAGAAUAUAAUAGCAUCAUCAGUACUUAUCGAGCAUGAAGAUGCCUUAAACCAGGGGAAUAUGUCUGCAGCAGAAGCUUUUAUAAGCUUGAGAAGCAAAAGCUUAUUGCACUUGUUUGCCUUUGUUGGAAGGUUUUUAGGCCUUGAGGUUUUUGAACAUGGUUUAGCAUCACUGAAGCUGCCAAAGAUUAUGAACAGUGGUUCAAGUCUCUUGCUUAUGAGAUUUCCAGAAUGUGGAAGUUCUUAUUAUUUGUUGAUGCAACUUGACAAGGAUUUCAAACCAGUUUUCAAGCUACUGGAAAUUCAGUCAGAUUCUUCUGGAAAAGCUCAAUCAUUUGGUGAUUCAACCAAUGUUGUCCGUUCCAAAAGUGUUGAUGUUGGUCAGAUGCAGAUUUACGAGGAUGUACUAAAUUUGAGUCUUCUUAACUACAGGAAAUUGUUGUCAUCUUUGCAGUGUGAUAACACUACCCAACAAGUUGAAAGCAGUGAUCUUUCUAAGUCUAGCUUUGAAGGUUCUAUGGUUAGUUCUGCUGCUCCUACUUUUUCAUCCAUUGUUGAUGAAGUGUUUGAACUGGAAAAAGGGUCCUCUCUUCCUUCUCUGAUUAGUGCUGCCCCCUCAUCAAGAUUUGCCAGUCCUGCUUCUAAUUUUGUUCACGACUCAACAAAUUUUCAUAGUUCAAAAGUUUGCUCAUCAUCUCCAAAAUGGGGAGGAGUGCAGACGUUUCAGAACAAUGCUAUUAAUACUUAUAAUGGUUCUUUGUACGAGGGGGUGGUACCACCGGGAUCCAUUAGUUCACUACCCUCAUUUUCAGGAAGAAGUCAACUUUUAUCUCCACCAACCCAUCCAAUUCCUUCAUUAGCUGGAACGUCAAGUGCCCCAAAGAGCUCUCCUUUGGAGAUGGUAUCUGGAAACCUUAGGGCUUCCGUAUCUAACUCAUUGAUUACGAGUCCCCUAUCCCAAGAAACUGAUUCUGCUACAUGUACAAAUUCAAGUCUUGGUGCAGCUUAUAGACAAAAUAAAAUGCCCAGAAAGCGUACAGUUUCAGAUUUAUUAGAUUCACUUCGAUCUCUUCAAGGGAUAGAAUGCAAUGAGGGAUCUUACAAGAGAAGGAAGAUCAUGAAAUCAGCUAGCACUCAUCACUUUCAGUCACAAAUUCAAAUUUCUUUUGAGAUGCCUGCUAAAACGGAUGAUUGUAGUUAUGCUGACCUAUUAACUGAGACUCAUAAAGGCAAUGCACCUUCUACUGUAUAUGUUUCUGCUCUUCUUCAUGUUAUUAGGCAUUGCUCUCUUUGUAUCAAGCACGCCCAACUUACUAGUCAGAUGGAUGCAAUUGGCAUCCCAUUUGUUGAAGAGGUGGGACUCAGAUGUGCAUCUUCAAAGCUGUGGUUUCGACUUCCUUUCGCUAGAGAUGAUGCAUGGCAGCACAUAUGCUUGCGGCUUGGGAGACCUGGAAGUAUGUAUUGGGAUGUCAGAAUCAUUGACCAACACUUUCAGGACUUGUGGGAGCUUCAAAAGGGUGGGACUAGUACUCUAUGGGGGCCUGGAGUUCGGAUUGCCAAUACGUCUGAUGCAGAUGCUCAUAUCCAUUAUGAUUCAGAGGGUGUUACUUUGAGUUAUCAUUCUGUUGAGGCUGAUAGUAUCCAAAAACUAGUGGCUGAUAUACAAAGGCUCUCUAAUGCUCGUGCAUUUGCACUUGGAAUGAGAAAGUUACUUGGUGCAAGAACAGAUGAAAAUUCGGAAGCAAGCAGUCCAAAUUUGGAGAGUAAACUACAAAUUGGACUAAAAAGUGGUACUGAGUCGACCAAUAAGACGUCAGACCAAUUGAGAAGAUCAUUUAUAAUUGAAGCUGUUGGACUUAUGAGUCUAUGGUUUAGUUAUGGUCAGGGUGUCGUUGCUCGGUUUGUUGUUGAAUGGGAAUCGGGUAAAGAAGGCUGCACAAUGCAUGUUUCACCUGACCAAUUGUGGCCACAUACGAAGUUUCUUGAAGAUUUUAUUGAUGGAGCUGAGGUUGCACCACUCUUGGAUUGUAUUCGCCUCACGGCUGGACCUUUGCAUGCUCUUGCAUCUGCAACACGGCCUGCACGAGCUGCUCCUGUGUCGGGAGUUAAUGGCAUUGCAACACCGGCUACUUCUAUUUCAAAACAGACUGGUAAUCUGCUACCUCAGGGGCAUUUACCAAAUGUCUCGAAUGCAGGUGUUAACCACCAUACUGCUGCAAUGUUGGCUGCAGCUGCAGCAGCUGCUACUGGGAGAGGUGGGCCUGGCAUUGUUCCUAGUUCACUGUUACCUAUUGAUGUCUCUGUAGUACUUCGUGGUCCCUACUGGAUACGUAUCAUAUACAGGAAACGUUUUGCUGUCGAUAUGAGGUGUUUUGCUGGAGACCAGGUUUGGCUGCAACCAGCAACUCCACCUAAAGGUGGUUCUACAGUGGGAGGGUCACUGCCUUGUCCCCAAUUUCGACCCUUCAUCAUGGAACAUGUUGCUCAGGAGUUAAAUGGUAUAGAUUCUAACUUCUCCGGUGGUCAACAAGCAGUUGGGUUAGUGAAUUCAAAUAGUUCAAAUUUGAAUUCAGGAACCCAACUUACAGCUGCCAAUGCGAACAGGCCGAACCUCUCCAAUUCUACCGUAGUGGUUCGGUCAGGAACUACUGUUUCUGCUCUGAAUCGUGUUGGCAAUGGUAUUCCACCGUCAUCAAGUUUAUAUGGAAUGAAUUCAGGGAUGCCAUUACGCAGACCAUCUGGUACAGGUGUACCUGCACAUGUGAGGGGGGAACUCAACACUGCAAUUAUCGGUCUUGGAGAUGAUGGAGGAUAUGGUGGUGGAUGGGUUCCUCUUGUUGCACUCAAAAAAGUACUUAGAGGCAUUCUCAAAUAUCUUGGAGUAUUGUGGCUAUUCGCACAGUUACCAGAUCUUCUAAAAGAGAUAUUGAGGUCAAUUCUUAAGGAGACUGAGGGCUCACUAUUGAAUUUAGAUGAAGAACAGCCCGCCUUGCGGUUUUUUGUUGGCGGCUAUGUGUUUGCGGUCAGUGUACACAGAGUUCAACUUCUUCUCCAGGUCCUCAGUGUAAAAAAGUUCCAUCAAUCCCAACAACAGCAGCAGCAGCAAAAUCCUUCAGCUGCCUCAGAGGAACUCUCCCAAUCUGAAAUCGGAGAAAUCUGCGACUACUUCUGCCGCCGCGUUGCAUCAGAGCCCUACGAUGCUUCCCGCGUCGCUUCAUUCAUCACACUCUUAACUCUGCCAAUCUCAAUUCUAAGAGAAUUCUUGAAACUCAUUGCCUGGAAGAAAGGGCUGGCCCAAACCCAAGGUGCUGCUGAUGUCAUCCCCGCCCCCGCACAGAAAUCGCGCAUCGAACUGUGUCUUGAGAACCACACCGGGUGUGGCGCAGACGAGAGCACCCAUUGCUCCAAAAGCAACAUCCACUACGACAGGCCCCGCAAUUCCGUCGACUUUGCUCUCACGGUCGUCCUUGACCCCACCCACAUACCCCACAUAAACGCUGCGGGUGGCGCUGCUUGGUUGCCUUACUGUGUGUCUGUCAGGUUGAGGUACGCAUUUGGGGAGAACCCCGCUGUGUCGUUCCUCCAAAUGGAAGGGAGCCAUGGUGGGAGGGCAUGCUGGGUGCGAGCUGAGGAUUGGGAGAGGUGCAAACAGAGAGUGACACGGAUUGUGGAUGCAAGUAGUUCUGCUGGUGAUGUGAGCCAAGGCAGACUCAGGGUUGUUGCAGAUGGCAUUCAGAGAACUCUUCAUGCUUCCCUUCAAGGACUCAGAGAAGGCACUAGUAGUGUGCCAAUUGGAAAUGCCAUGCCAUAACUGAAUCUGUCAUCUAAAAGAGCAUCAAGAUGCCAUAGGUCAGUCAGGAUAUAAAAACACACACUCAGGUUAAUCAUUUUUGUACAGCUGAUAAUGUGUUUUUCCUCAUAUGAUUUGAUUUUCAAAAACACUGAUUGGCAUUCGGAUUGUUCAUCAAAUGCUUUAAAUUCAUUGUUCUUGAGGAUCGUCAUCAUCACAAUCACACUGUCGAACGUUCUGGGAAUACGAGAGCUGCUGGUGUAAAUUUGUAUGUUGAAAUUUUGUUCCAAAUAUUAACACUUUGUUUCCCUUGUUUAAUGAAGAAAAGUUGUAUUU